CUCAGCCUGAGGCAGUGGGAGAAGAACAAACGUAGAAAGGCGUUAGCACAGAAGAGCAUUGAAGAUUUUAUUUCGAGAAACUCAAUACAGCCUGCCCACCACCUACUGCUGAAUGAAAUAAAAGGAAAGCAGAUACAGCUAUUUAUAUACAAUUUCUUAAAGCCAAGCAUCGCAGAGUCAACACAAAACAUUGCGGCUGUAGGGACGGACAGCCAAGCCAGAGCGUCGUCGCACAACAUUCAACUCAGUCACAUUCUUUUUCACAGUCACAGUGAACGACGGAAGCGGAAGCAGAUUUCAAGCGGAAGAAGCGGAGUCAUCUAACGGAACAUUGAAGCAGCGGCAAUUUACCCAAUUACAACAACUUUGCCUACAGCAAAGUGGAAACGCAAACUAAAGUUAAGUCCGUAAGUAUGCAGUGGAAAGCAAAAUAAAGUAGCGCGCAAAAAAAGAGAAACCCCAAACAAUUUCUGAAAGUGAAUUGAAACUGAACUAUGGAAACGCGCAGUAAGGACGCUUGUCAAACGGCAGCUGCCGAUUCCACAACAGCAAUUAAUAGUGCAGCGCAGCAGAGCGAGAAUUGUAGCGCAAACUCUACCACCACACAGCAACAGCUCCAACAGCAACAACGACAACAGACCGGCAGCGUCGUCCAUACUCAACCCCCGCCGCCGCCCCAGCAACAACAACAGGUGAGCAGCACAAGCAGUGCGCCAAAAACGAACUCACCAACGCCACCGAACAGUGGCGGCAACAACAAUAAUAAUAACAACAACAACAAUAACAAUGCAGCAAAUAAAACAAAAUCACAACAGCAAUACCAUCAAUUUCGUGCGCCACAACAAUUUGUGCGCCAUCGUCGCACCAUCGCCCCAGCCUCGUUGCUCAAUAAAAAGGGCAAAACAUGGAACAAACGACAGCAGCGUGGCGCAAAACAACUACACCAACAACUGCAACAGCAAAUGCUACAAAGUGGUGGCGGCGGCGGCGGCGGUGGUGGUGGUGGCGCCAUCAUUGGCGGUGAUGGGGUUACGGUAACGGCGAGCGUCACAAGCAAAGCUGACCUCGAGAAUAUACAGAAUUUCAAGAAUCAUUACUAUCAGCGCGGUGCAAAUUCCGCUGGCGGUGGCAACGGUGCCGGUGGCGGGGGUGGUGCUUCGGGCAAUGGCUUGCCACCGGCCACAUUAGCCAACCUCGAGAAACUGGGUUACGGCCAUGGUCAUAUGAAAAUGCACAAAAAGCUGUUGGUGCAUAGGGGCUCUGGCAAUCAUCAUCAUCACGUGCUUUGCGCUGGCGCAGCACACAACACAAUCGGCAGCAAUUCGAAUGCGAAUUGUUGCCUCGUAAAUGGCUGUAAUGGCGGUCUCGGUGGGCAUCCAAAUGGCAAGGAUACUUCGAAUGCCAGCUCAAAUAGUUCACAGUCUGGCAGCGCCAUCAAUUCCCUACACUACUGCUGUGCGCGGUCUAAAUUCUUUCUGCCCGAUAAGCGCAUUCGAAAAGAGGUCAUCAUACCGCCCACAAAGUUCUUGCUCGGCGGCAACAUUUCCGAUCCGCUUAACUUGAAUUCGCUACAGAAUGAGAAUUCGAAUGCUUCGUCAAACAAUAAUACGCCGGCGACCACACCACGCCAGUCGCCCAUCACCACGCCACCUAAAGUGGAGGUAAUCAUACCGCCAAAUAUACACGAUCCGCUGCAUUUGCUCGAUCCCGUCGAUUCAAUGGAGUAUGAGAAGCAGCUCACCUCGCCAAUGAAGCGUGGCGGACCACGCGGCGCGCACACACAUCAUUACAGCGCCAAGCAUCGUCAUCGCAAGAACCGCAAAAGCAAGCGUCGUCGUCACGAUUCAUAUCAGUCAUCGUUGGGUAGCGCAUCCAUUGGCGAUGUUGACACGUCCGCGCUGGGCAACAGCACAAUGUCCACUGAAGCGGCCAGCGUCAGCUUAGCUUCGAUUUCAUUAUCCACAUCACAUUCAGUCGCCUCAAUGCUGGACAGUAGCGCCAAUUUGAGUGCGUCAGCGACUGGCACACACAGCGUUGCUCUAUUGGUGAGCACGUGCGAGAACGCGCCAGCUGAGUAUCGGCGACAGCUGGAAGAGCGCCAGGAGGGCAAUGCUCUUGUGGAUUCAACAGCAAGUUUAGUUGAGGAACGUUUGGAAGCGUGGAACAGCAAGAGCACAUCGCCAGUAAAACAGUUGAGCGCAAGCGAAACGGGGCCAAGUGGUGGUGGUGGUGUUGCUGGAGUGGUGGGCGCUGGCAGUGCCGGCGCGGGCGCUGUGGGAGGUGCUGCCGUGGAUGUUGUUAUCGCUGGCGCUGGUGCUGCUGGUUUGUUGUUGCCGCGUGAGCGCGCCAGUCGAGAUUUGCGUUUGGAAUUGAAUUCGACAACAUUGUCAUCGUCGGCGCUGAGCGGCAGCACGUGCGGCAGUGUAAUGGUUGGUGUUGGUGGUGGCAUGGGCAUCGGUGCCGGAAGGAAACGCAAGAUAAGCGAGAGCAAUAACUCGCAGAAAAAUAAGAAAUUCCAUCGCGAUGCCAUGGACAAGAUUGUCAGUCCGGUAGUACCGCAACCUGGCGCCUGGAAGCGACCACCACGCCUAGCCGCCACUGGCGCACGGAAACCCGCACGUCGUUCUACAUCAAUCAGCGAAACAGAGGUGAUGAGUCCGGCAGACGAGGUAGUCAAACCGCUGCAGGUCGAAGCCGACAUGCUGCGCGUCGAAACGCCCGAUUUCAGCAAGCUCGAAACCAUUUCCGAAGCUGGUCUAGCUAGCCCGCUCAGCACCACUUCAGGUGCCACUUCAGUCGCUGCUGGCGAACAGGAAUCGCUGAUGGACACAAGUGCUGGUGAUAAUUCCACCACCACACCGAGUGAGGAGGGCCAAGCGGCGGCUGGUGCUGCGGCAAAGUGCAGCACAGCUGCCUCGACCACUUCCACUGCCAUUGUGCAGCUUACAAAAAUGCCACAUUUCCGCGCUGAUGGUGUUAAAUACCAGUACGGCAACUACGAUCGCUAUGUGGGCCUGCGCCAUCUCAACGAACUGGUGGACGUACGUCUGCAGGUGUUCCAGCGCCAUUCGGAGCUCUUCCAGAAUAAAGACAUACUCGAUAUUGGUUGCAAUGUGGGCCACAUGACUAUCACAGUAGCGCGUAAGUUUGCGCCUAAGUCUAUAUUGGGCAUAGACAUCGAUCGAAAACUGGUGGCGCACGCGCGACACAAUCUAGGACUGUACGUCCGCAUACCUGUGGAGCAGGCGGUCAAGACAGCGCCAAACACGACAGCUAGCAAGACAACAGAUGCGCCUGUAAGCGUGAAGAAAGAAGAAGAUAAGGAAAAGGAGAAGGGGCCGGUAAAAGAAGAAAAAGUGAUAGAAGGUAGCGAAAUAAAAACGGAAACUGCCAGCACAAAAGACACUGCCAACGCCGCUGGCGGCAAACCUGCUGCCUCAACAGUCGCUGCCAGCACAAGUAAACCAAAAAAGACGCGUCGCCGCAAAAAGUCGAAAGUCGUAGCACAACAGCAGGCACAACACCAACAUCAUCAUCAUUUCCACCAUCAUCACCAUCACAUGCAUCAUCAUCAUCAUCAUCACAACCAUUAUCAACAGCAACACCAAGCAUUGCAUGUACCUGCCAUUGAUUUAUUUCCUGUGUCAUUUCCACUCACCUACGGUGGCAUACCAACAGCCGCAGCACCCAUCAACGCCAACACAUCCGAUGGUCAUUCGCCCAGCGCUUCCACAAAUACGCCUGGUCAUGCAAGCAACGCAACACCAGCCAGCGGUGGCAGUGGGAGUGCACCGAAUAAAAAGCGCAAAAAUGAUUUUCCACGGAAUGUCUUCUUUCGUCAUCAAAAUUAUGUGUUGGAAGAUGAGGCGCAGCUGGCAAACGACACGCAGCAAUAUGAUCUCAUACUGUGCUUGUCGGUUACAAAGUGGAUACAUUUGAAUUUCGGCGACGAAGGGCUGAAAAUGGCCUUCAAGCGGAUGUUCAAUCAACUGCGACCCGGUGGAAAGUUGAUAUUGGAAGCACAAAAUUGGGCGAGCUACAAGAAAAAGAAGAAUUUAACGCCACAAAUCUAUAACAACUACCGCAACAUUGAAUUCUUCCCCAACAAAUUUCACGAAUAUCUACUCAGCUCAGAGGUUGGUUUCAGUCACAGCUAUACAUUGGGCGUGCCACGGCACUUAAGCAAAGGCUUUUGUCGCCCCAUACAGUUGUACGCCAAAGGCGACUAUACACCGAAUCAUGUGCGGUGGAGUGACGCAUACUAUCCACAGACGCCUUUCGAAGCUUACCGCGGCAUUUACGCCACUAUGCCACCGCGACCCGCGGGCCUAGCAUCGUACGCCAUGUCAUCGACACGCAGCCAGGCAUAUGAUACACCACAGUACACAGGCGGCACCUCUGGCCCCUACAGUUGCCGUCAAACGCCCAUGUACCAGCCCAUGUACCAGCCCAUCUACAAUCCACUGGAGACCGACUCGUAUUUACCCUCCUACGACAUGGAAUAUCUAAACCACAUGUACGUGUUCGCCUCACCCCUCUAUCAGACCGUUUGGUCCCCACCCGCCAGUUUGCGCAACAGCUCCUCACACACACCUGUCUUUGGAAGCGUGCGCGAUGCUGAAUUGGAUGGCGAUGGCGGUGGCGGUGGUGGCAGUUAUCAUCGACAUGUGUAUCCGCCCAACGAAGACACAUCCUCACCGAAUGCAAAUGCGGGCGGUGCAUUCAGUUCGAUACGCGAUGCGGAUACGGAUGAUUCGAAUCAGUUGCCUGCCGGUCGCAUGCAACAUGUGUAUGCAACGAAUUGUGGUGAGAGUUCAUCGUCGCCGCAGGUGCAACAUCACAGUGAUUCAGAUGCAUUAGUGGAGGAAGCGCUGCUGUUGGAGGAUGAGCAGCAUCACCACGUGGCGCAGGUGAAUGCCGCUGGUGUUAGCAAUGGCGAGUUGCAAGGUGGAAGUGGUGGUAUUGGACAGGAAGGCAGUCAGCAUUACUGUGAUUUAAACGAUGCUUAAGUUCGUGUGGUUUGUCUUUAAGUAACAGAUUUGAGAAAUGUGCGAGGAAAUGUAGAAGUGUGUAUUUUAUUUUUUGAUUGCGUAUAUUUAUGUAGGCGAAAAUAUGCUGAGCUGAAUGUGCAUUAGAUGGCAGCAAGCAAAAACUCUAAAGACGCUUAUGAAAACCACUAGCAAGUAACUAGAUUUAAAAUAAUGGAAGAUUAGUGUGUGAGAAGGUAAAAAUCAAAAAGUUGUAGCAGUGUUUUUGCUUUUUAAUUUUUUUUUGUGAUUGAAGAAUAACAAUUACAUUUUCAUUUAUCGCAAGCGCAGGUGGCGACUGGAGUUUAAAAUUGAAUUCGCAAAUCGCGGAGAACUUGGCGUUAAUUUUGGAGAAACACUUUUAUGAACCACUGAAAAUAUUCGAAAAAAUAUUGGCGCGUUUUCGGGAGUAUUUAUCACCGUUUAAAGGUACAAAAAUUCGUCCCUCGAAGCCGCGUGCGCAGAAAUUGUCUAUUUUUACCUCGCUUCUAUUAGCUUGGGAUGUAACUAUGUAAUAUUGAUGCGCCUAAAAGAUGCAGCGAUUUCCAUUCUGAAGUUACAUACCUGA